AUGUCAACUUCGCUAACACCGGAUCCAACAAUACAAGAACAAGAACAAGGACAAGGACAACAAGAACAACAAGAACAACAGCAAGCAGACGCACAACAGACAAGACAUCCUAAUGAGAAAGAACGUCAACUACUAGACAAGCUAUCAAAUGAUCCACUAGAUAUCCUAACAUCCUUGGAACUGAUCCAAUAUUACGAAUCCACAGAUGCUAGCUUGGAUAAAAUAAGAGGUGUUUUCCAAACCCUACAUGAAACUUUCCCAUUGUUAUCUUUCCUAUGGACCAUACAAUUGAAAAUGGAACUAGCUAGGGAUGAAUUUGCAACUGUAGAGUCAUUCUUAUCAAUGUGUCUUUCUUCUUCUUCUAACUUGACGGGCUCCUCUCCUACAGAAUUAGCCUCCGCUCCUAAUAAUGAUUUAUCAUUAUGGCUAACUUAUCUAGAUUAUGUUCGUAGGAAAAAUAAUAUAAUAACGGGGGGUCAAGAGGCAAGAUCCAUAGUCAUCAAAGCAUUUGAAUUGGUCCUAGAAAAAUGUGCCAAUUGGGAACCGCAAUCAUCACAAUUUUGGCUUGAUUAUUUAUUAUUUUUGGAAAAUUGGAAACCAUUCAAUAAAUGGGAAGAACAACAAAAAAUUGAUAUGCUAAGGAAACUUUAUAAAAGAAUGCUUGUUGUACCUUUUGACCAAUUAGAAAAAAUGUGGAAUAAAUAUACACAAUGGGAACAAGAUGUUAAUUCAUUAACCGCUAGGAAAUUUAUUGCUGAAUUGUCUCCUAAUUAUAUGAAGGCAAGAUCUGUAUUCCAAGAAUGGUCUAAUUUAACUAGAAAUUUGAAAAGAAUUACUCCAAUUAGUUUACACACAGUCAACAAGAAUAAUGUACCAUCAUCGCCGUCUUCAUCCACGUCCUCGUUUUCCACAGAUAUUGAACAAUUGGAUAUUUGGCUGAAAUGGAUUGAAUGGGAAAAGCAAAAUAAAUUAGAAUUAUCUGAAGAGCUUCUAAUGGAUAGAUUGAACUAUGUUUACAAACAAGCGAUCCAAUAUUUAAUUUUUAAUCCUGAAAUUUGGUAUCGUUAUUCAAUGUUUCUUAAAGACCCGAUACAGAGAGAAUAUAUUUUAAAUCUAUCCCUAAGAGCCAACCCUACAUCUGCUACAUUAACUUUCAAGUUAUCCGAAUGUUUUGAAUCAAAUAAUCAAAUUGAUGAAACUAAAAAAUGCUUUGAAGGUUGUGUAGAUCAUCUUUUAAAGAAAACUCACCAACUAGUCCAAUCUCAAGAAUCUGAACAAACCAUAAACGAUUCCAAGAGAAAACUAACCUUUGUUUACUGCAUAUAUAUGAAUACAAUGAAAAGAUUAUCUGGUUUGUCAGCUGCUAGAUCUGUAUUUAGUAAAUGUCGUAAACUAAAGAAAAACUUAACUCAUGAUAUUUAUAUUGAGAAUGCAUACAUGGAAUUCCAGAAUCAAAAUGAUUAUAAGACACCAUGUAAAGUUUUAGAAUUAGGUUUAAAAUAUUUCCAAAAUGAUGGUAUUUAUAUCUUGAAAUAUUUAGAUUUUUUAAUCUUACUUAAUAAAGAUUCACAAAUUAAAACACUUUUCGAAAUUUCAAUCGAUAAGAUCGAAGAUUUAAAUCAAUUAAAAUUGAUCUUCAAGAAAAUUUUAAAUUAUGAAUCAAAAUUUGGUAAUUUAAAUAAUCUUUAUCAAUUGGAGAAAAGAUUCUUGGAAAAAUUCCCUAAUGAGAAUUUAAUUGAUAUAUUUACUGAUCGUUAUCAAAUUCAAAAUGAAAAUCUGAUCAAGAAGCUAGAACUAAGAUAUCUUUACGAUGAUACGAAGAAUCUCAAGCAUUAUGAUACGGGAAACCAAACGAACAGAUAUAAGAGAAAGUUUGACACUUACAUUAGUGAUGAAAAUAAUCAUAAAAAUAAUAUACAAAUUGAAGAUGGGGGCGGGAAUGGGCCACAAAACAAACAAAUGAGAUUGAAUAGUCAACUAAUUCCACAAGAAGUUGUUGAUUUAUUAUCUAUUUUACCAAAGAGACAAUAUUUCAAAAACGUUUUACUAGACUCUAAAAAUUAA